AUGGCACAACCCAAGCUGCCCGAGGGUGUCUCCUCGUUCCUCGACACUGACCUGUACAAGCUGACUAUGCAGUGCGCGGUCCUGAAGUACUUCCCCUCCGUCGAUGUCGAGUACAAAUUCACGAACCGCACUCCUCAGAUGCGCUUGAACCGAGAUGCCUUUGUAUGGCUGGAAGAGCAGGUCCGCAAGCUGGCGAAUAUUAGACUUGAGCAGCAAGAGUUGCAGUUUUUGCGAAACCAUUGCCCAUACCUGAGCGCGGACUACCUAGACUAUCUCCAGAAGUUCCAAUUGCGGCCCGAGGAGCAAGUCCAGCUCAUGUUCAAUCCAAUCGAUGACAGUGAAACCGGUGAUCUGGACAUCAUUGUUACUGGCCUGUGGAUCGAGACCAUGUUAUACGAGAUCCCUCUUCUUGCCUUGACGAGCGAAGCAUACUUCAAGUUCAUUGACAGAGACUGGGAUUAUGACGGACAAGAAGAGCAAGCGUAUGAGAAGGGUGUACAAUUGUUCAGCGCAGGCUGCGGUGUGUCGGAGUUCGGAUCUAGACGGAGACGGGACUUUCACACUCAGGAUCUUGUUAUCAAGGGACUGGUAAGAGCAUCAAACGAGAACGACCUUCCUGGAAAGCUGUCGGGUACAAGCAAUGUGUACUUUGCAAUGAAACAUGGCAUUCCACCGGUUGGAACGGUAGCCCAUGAGUGGUACAUGGGUAUUGCUGCGCUUACCAAUGACUAUGAGCAUGCAAAUGAAAACGGAUUGCGAUAUUGGCUCGACGCCUUCGGCAGGGGGGUCCUGGGCAUAGCUCUCACCGACACAUUCGGCACAGCAGACUUCUUCAAAGCAUUCAAGAAAAAGGUGCCUGCCCGAACUUCAGCCUCGCAGGACUCAGCAAUGGGAUACACCGACGAAGGCGAUCCGACGGAUACGCAGCCUACAUACGCUGAAGUGUUUGCAGGAAUUAGGCAAGAUUCUGGUGAUCCGAAACAGUAUGUCAAGGAUGCCGACGACUUCUACAAGUCCAUCGGGGUGACUGGGAAGAGUAUCGUAUUCUCAGACGCGCUCAACGUCGACAAGUGCAUAGAGUACAGGAAACUGGCAGAAGAUUAUGGUUUCAAGCCUUCUUUCGGCGUGGGAACAUUCUUCACGAAUGACUACCACAGAAGGACCGACCCUCAGACCAAGUCAAAACCACUCAAUAUUGUCAUUAAACUCUCGAAGGCCGGUGGGAGACCGGCGAUCAAAAUCUCGGACAACAUCGGAAAGAACACAGGGGAUUCAGCAACUGUGCAAGAUGUCAAGCAGAGGCUUGGCUACACAGAACACGUUUGGAAAGAAGGUGAUGAAGCGAAGAGAUGGUGA